UGCGCACCGAUGAGCCCGUUAGCUAACUGUCAAACGAGCUGUCGGAGCUCGAGCUGUAGCGUGUCGAUGAGCCGAACCAAACGGACUUGCACAGCACCCGCGAGACGCCCCCACCGGACCGGCCAUUCAAGCAAGACACAAGGAAAUCUUAAUAAACGACUUACAGUAACACGCUACAGAGCCACUGGUAACUCAAAGGAGCAAAUAACAGUACCGAGCCAGGCUCCGGUCCAGUUCCUGCUAUUUUUUUUUCCCCGUGUCCAGAACCGGACAGUUCUGGGAGCACAUUUCCGGUGAGAAUAAAGCGGAUAUUUCGGACUCUCUGAGAAAAUAAACCUUUUUUUUUUGUCGUUGAGAGCGCGUGUCUGUGGUGCCUCAGUAAGGCGACUGGCGGGACAACAACAACGGCGGCGGCGACUGUGUGUGGCUGUGUGUGAGCGCGCGCACGGCGGACCCCGCGAGCGAGCGAGCGAGCGCGGCGUGCUGACAGCGCGGCGCGCGCGCUCUAGUCCGUCACACCGAGGCAGUUGUGACACCGCUGUGUCGAAGCUCGCGGCUCGCACGGUCGGUCCGGCGGCGGGGUGAGCGCAUCUUCAUCUUGACAGCCCGCAGCCCAGCCGCCCCGUGUGUGUCGGUGACCCCCUGCCUGCCUGCCUGCCUCGCGCCCCCUCCCUCGUCUCACUUCACCUCACCUCACCUCAAACCCCCCCCCCCCCCGCGAUCCGUCACCAUGGGAAACCGCGGGAUGGAGGAGCUGAUCCCGCUGGUGAACCGGCUGCAGGAUGCCUUCAGCACCAUCGGGCAGAGCUGCAACCUGGACCUGCCGCAGAUCGCCGUGGUGGGAGGACAGAGCGCGGGAAAGAGCUCCGUGCUCGAGAACUUCGUGGGCAGGGACUUCCUGCCCAGAGGAUCGGGAAUUGUCACCCGAAGACCCUUAGUCCUGCAACUCAUCAACUCCAACACAGAAUACGCCGAGUUCCUACACUGCAAGGGGAAGAAGUUCACAGACUUUGAUGAGGUCCGGCAGGAGAUUGAGGCAGAGACGGACCGUGUGACGGGGGCUAACAAGGGGAUCUCACCGGUGCCCAUCAACCUGCGCGUCUACUCCCCAAAUGUGCUUAAUCUGACCCUGAUUGACCUGCCUGGGAUCACCAAGGUCCCAGUGGGAGACCAGCCACCGGACAUCGAGUACCAGAUCCGAGAUAUGAUCAUGCAGUUCAUCUGCCGGGAGAACUGCCUCAUUCUGGCUGUCACACCUGCAAACACGGACCUGGCCAACUCGGAUGCCUUAAAGCUGGCCAAGGAUGUGGACCCCCAGGGGCUUCGCACCAUUGGGGUUAUCACCAAGCUGGAUCUGAUGGAUGAGGGAACAGACGCACGGGACGUUCUGGAGAACAAACUAUUGCCCCUUCGUAGAGGGUAUAUUGGGGUGGUAAACCGCAGUCAGAAGGACAUUGAGGGCAAGAAGGAUAUUAAAGCUGCACUGGCAGCUGAGAGGAAGUUCUUCCUGUCUCACCCUGCCUACAGACAUAUGGCAGACAGCAUGGGCACUCCGUACCUACAGAAAGCGUUAAACCAGCAACUGACAAACCACAUCCGGGACACUCUGCCUGCAUUCCGCAGCAAGCUGCAGACCCAGCUGCUGGCUCUAGACAAAGAGGCAGAAGAGUACCGCCACUUCCGGCCUGAUGACCCAUCCCGCAAGACCAAAGCUCUGCUGCAGAUGGUGCAGCAGUUCUCGGUGGACUUUGAGAAGAGGAUCGAAGGCUCCGGUGACCAGGUGGACACAGUGGAGCUCUCUGGUGGAGCCAAGAUCAACCGCAUCUUUCAUGAGCGUUUCCCUUUUGAACUGGUCAAGAUGGAGUUUGAUGAGAAGGAAUUGCGGCGUGAAAUUAGCUAUGCUAUCAAGAACAUCCAUGGAAUCAGGACAGGGCUGUUCACCCCAGACAUGGCAUUUGAGGCCAUUGUGAAGAAACAGGUAGUGAAGUUGAAGGGGCCCUGUGUCAAGUGUGUGGACAUGGUCAUCCAGGAACUUAUCAACACAGUGCGCCAGUGCACUGCCAAGCUAGGGACCUUUCCAAGGCUACGGGAAGAGACGGAGAGAAUCGUGACCACGCACAUCCGGGACCGAGAGAGCCGGGCCAAAGACCAGGUUUUACUGCUUAUUGAGGUCCAGCUCGCUUACAUCAAUACAAAUCAUGAAGACUUCAUUGGCUUUGCAAACGCACAGCAGAGAAGCAACCAAAUGAGUAAGAAAAGCUCAGCAGGAAAUCAGGCUGCAGCUCCUCCACCUCCCAGCCAAAUUGUGAUCCGCAAGGGCUGGCUGACCAUAAACAACAUCAGCAUCAUGAAGGGCGGGGCCAAGGAGUACUGGUUUGUGUUGACGGCAGAAAGUCUGUCCUGGUUCAAAGAUGACGAGGAAAAGGAAAAGAAGUAUAUGCUGCCACUGGACAACCUGAAAGUUCGUGAUGUGGAAAAGAGCUUCAUGUCCAGCAAGCACAUUUUUGCCAUCUUUAACACAGAGCAGAGGAACGUCUACAAGGACUACCGCUUCUUGGAGCUGGCCUGUAACACUCAGGACGAAGUGGACAGCUGGAAGGCCUCUCUGCUGCGUGCUGGCGUGUACCCCGAAAAAGCCUCCCAGGUGGAUGGAGAGAAUUCGGGCCCCUCUGACACCUUCUCCAUGGACCCCCAGCUAGAGCGCCAAGUGGAAACAAUUCGCAACCUGGUGGACUCCUACAUGGCCAUUGUCAACAAGUGCAUCCGGGACCUCAUGCCAAAGACCAUCAUGCACCUCAUGAUUAACAACGUGAAGGAGUUCAUCAAUGCGGAGCUCCUGGCCCAGCUGUAUUCAACAGGGGACCAGAAUGCACUGAUGGAUGAGUCGCCGGAACAGGCGCAGAGGCGGGAUGAGGUCCUGCGCACACACCAUGCCCUUAAGGAGGCACUGUCCAUCAUAGGGGACAUUGCCACAUCCACCAUCUCAACCCCUCUGCCACCCCCCGUUGACAAUUCCUGGCUCCAGUCUGGGUCGGGGGGCUCUCGCAGGUCACCUCCUCCCAGCCCCACUGCUCCAAGGAGGAUGUCUUCAGGACUCCGAGCACCUGCACGCGGCCCCGCCCCCUCUGCUCCUCCUGUGCCCUCUCGCCCGGGCCCUCUUGGACCCCUCAACAACAGUACCGAUACCUUCCCACCUCAAGUGCCCAGCCGCCCUAACCGUGCCCCUCCGAGUGUCCCCAGCCGACGGCCUCCUCCUUCUCCCACAAGACCCACCAUGAUUCGCCCAGGAGACCCGUCCCUCCUGGACUGAGCACCCCCACAAAGACCAACUUGACUGCCCCACCACUAAACUCCUGCAUGUCCCGCUCCCAGUCCAUACACAGUAGAGCAGUGUCUCCGCACUCCAGCCCGGGACCUUUGUACCACCUAGUAUAGUAACUUUGUACAGUGCUCGUGUUGUCUCUCUACCUGUGCUCUGUUGCCUGUGCUAAUUCACGUUCACUGGGUCAAGCAAAUCCCAAGCUCUGGAUCAGAUCCCAUCCAUUGUUACAAACCUUGGCAGUUGUCAGUAAUCUGCUCAUCUAUACAGUAGUCAUAUAUCUGUCUGUCAUACACUUAUUAACACAAUAAUCUACUGCUCCUGUAAGCUAUUCCUGUCCUAGACUAGGCUGUGAGCCCAGUAUCCCCACAAUAUUCCCAAACCACAGUGAUACAAAUUGUCCCAGAACUGCAUGCUUGGGAAGAAACUGUCAUGGUCUUUGUACGGUAAAUAAAUUACAUAGUAUACUCAUAACAUUGACAUAACUUACGCUUUAGGGCCCAGGGCUUGAUGUUAGUUUCUCCUAGUUUCUUUUAGAGAUAGCAAGACUAUCUUUGUAUGUGUGAUCUGUGUACUUUGUGUGUUCCUUCGAGUACAUGUGGGCAUUGUUUCUUGUUGUCACUAUUUUUAUGAUUUAUACGUACGUUACUGUAGUUCCA